UUAUGUUAGCAAAAAACAUGGAAACCACCCAGAUGCCCAACCGUAGGGGAUUGCCUGAAUAAAUUGUGAUAUAAUCUGUCUGGGUAAUGACUAUAUAUGGUUUUUAAAAUCACAUUGUAGAUGAAUAUUUUUUAAAUGAGGAAACACUUAUUAGGAAAUAAUCAAAAACAUCAUGUAUGGAACGAUUCCAACUUUGAUAAUAAACCCAGUGUGUGGAUAGAAAAACUAGAAGAAUAUACGUCAAAAUUUUUGUAGUGGAAUUAUGGACAUGUAAAAACAACUUCUGAAAUACAUUUAUCUGUAGUACACAUAAAUGGAAAAAAGAAAAAAUACAUUUUUUUCAAAUAGCAACAUGGAAGACAAAGUUGCUAACAGGCUAUUUGAGAGUUAAAGAAUUUAGUUACUUAGAAUUUAGAACAAAACUGUGUUCAUUUAUAUGUUCAGUCCUCAAAUAAUCGAUUUUGACUGUUAUUUUGCAAAGAGUUCGAAGUGGUUGGUUAGUUGAAAUGGAGGAAGAUAUACCUCAACAUCAGCCUUUUGAUAUCAUUUCCUUUCACCACUUUGGUCAAGAGGAGGGGCACUAAUUUUUGCAGUGUGAGCACCAUUCAGAGACAAUUCAUUUCCGCCUUCUGUCUUAUAGUCCUGACGCACACAAGGGACCCAGGAUUGGAAAGGCCAGCUUCUUCCACCGCCUUUCUGGAUCAGUGUUCUCCACCUGCAUCACUGCCUGACAUAGACACAGAUAUCAUCUCUUCACACUGAUUAAUAUAAGAACCAAGAGAUGAGCGAUCAGAAAGUGAUUUAUUCCACCCUGAGAUUUCUUCAGUCUCCUUCAGAGUCACAAAAUAGAAUAAGGCCAGGUAGGACUCAAAGGCCUGGGAAAACUGAUGACAAAGAGUUUUCAGUGCCAUGGCAUCUCAUUGCAGUGAUUCUUGGGAUCCUCUGUUUACUACUAUCGGUGACAGUUGCAGUGUUGGGGACAAAGAUUUUUCAGUAUAUUCAAGAAAACCAUCAGCAGAGGGAAAAUAUAAGAAAUUUGAGUCAAGAGUACCGAAUUGUGCAAAAUGACAGCUACUUCAAGGAGCAACUUUUGACAAAUAAGAUUUUGGAAUGUAACAGUCGUGAAAAUGAAAGUCUUCAGCAGAAAAUGAAGCAGGAUUUUAUAGAAAGGACAUGCCAGAGAAAAAAUAUAGGCAAACUCUACGAAAGCCACUGGUCCUGUUGUGGAAUAAAGUGUUACUAUUUUAUUCCUGAAUAUAAAAACUGGAAGGGAUGUAAACAGACCUGCCAAAGCUAUAAUUCAUUUCUUCUGAAGAUAAAUGAUCAAGAUGAACUGACCUUCAUUCAAACCCAAACUUAUAGGAAUUACUACUGGAUUGGAUUAUCAUAUAAUCGAGGAGAAAGAAAAUGGAAAUGGAUUGACAGUGACCCACUUUUGGGGAUGCACUAUGCAUUCAUGAAUAUUUCUGGGAGAGGACAAUGUGCAUUUUUAUCUUCAACAAGAAUAACAAAUGCUGAGUGCUCUCAGAUGUACAAUUGUAUCUGUGAGAAGACAAUUGGUGAUAUUUUCUUUCCCUGCUUCAAUAAUUAUAAGAAAAGAUGAGAUAGAAUUUUGUAA